AUGGAAAAAAUAGAAAAUGGUAAAGGUUUAACCAACUUUAGUUCUUUAUUUUGUCUCAAAAAAUUAAAAGUAAGAACCCAAGUUUUGAUAAUUCAAGUGAUAAUUCAAUUUUUAAUAGGAACUUUAUUAACAUUGAUAAGUUACUUAGCUUAUUAGUACAUUAUAGACAUGUACUCAAAUAUCUCCCUGGAAUUCUAUGUUCUUUAAUAUUAUAAAAAAACAGAUAUGAUUACUAAUUUAUAAGUAAGAAGUUCUCAAGAAGUAUUAUUCAGAAGUUAAACUCAUCUAUUAAAGUCUGAUUUCUUAUAUCAAUUCAUCUAAAGUGUAGAAUUGUAAUACAUACAACAGCCAUUGAACUGUCUCAAUUAUGAUAAUAAAUUGGACAAGUAUCAAUAUGAAUAAACAUUUUGCUACGGCUUUUUUGGAGACUAAGCGUAUUCACUUACCAAUAAAGAUUUUUUGGCACUGAAUUAUUCCUCCUUUUUAACCCAAGUUUUACCUAUAAUGGAUAUGGAUUUGGAUUUGCUAUUUUCAACAGUUGGUGAUUAAAUGUACUUUUCUAUUUGGCCUGGUGAUCCCUUUCCUAAUUAUAAGCCUCAUAGAAGAAUAUGGUAUACAAACCAUCUGAAGUAGAUAGAAUAAUAAAAUUAUAAUUUGACUUACUUUAGUGAUCCUUAUAUUUUAUGGACUUGGUUUCUGUUUAUGGUGACUUAAACAAGGAAUAUGACGAAUUUAAAUGGAGGAUUGGAUGGUGUAUUUGGAAGUGACUUAAACUUUAGUCUAUUUCACACUUUAUCAUUGAAGUAAGAGAAUGUUACAUUUUCUAUAAUUGAUUCAAAAGGACAAUUUCUUUUGAGUUAAUUUAAUAUAAGUGAAGACAAGUACAUUUAUGAUACUGAUAUAUCAGGAUAUACAAUGGAGGAUUUUGAGCAAAUUAAUAAUUCAUUGUAUUAAAAGCCAUUUAUUAAUAAUUGUUCUAAGAUUGAUCAAUUAUUGAAUAAUGAAAAACUUUGUAGGUAUAAUUCAGUAACUAAAUCUGAAGAAUUGAUAGUAGCAAAGAUCUUGUACCCAACCGAUUUGAUAUUGCUGAUUUAAGUGGAUCUUCUUGAAAAGGAGAAGGAAUUACUGAAUCAACUUACUCAAAUCAAAAAUGAUUUUGAAGAUUUCUUUAGAGAGUAUAUCAUAAUUGGAAUUUCAACAGCAUUAUUUUCAAUCAUUUUGAGUUCAAUUAUUAUAUAUGUGACAUUGAGUCCAAUCACAAAUCUAAUCCUAUAUACUAGUUAAUAGAUUACAAAGGAAUUCGAUCUUAUGCAACAGUAAAUCAACUAAAAGAUACAUCUCAAAAAAAGCAAAUACUCCUUAAAGACUAUACAAGAAUUGCAUUAGGCUUUUAGAAAGAUGAAUAUCAAGUUGUUUAACCACAAGGAAGGCAGAAAAAACAACACAUGCACAGAACUUGAAUAAAUUCAGUUUCCUCUGAAACCUUUAGAGACAUUGCCAUUUGAAUCCUCCAAUAUUCAGGAAGACGAUUUAUAAGUGUUUUAUCCAUUUGAAUUCUUGAAACUUCAUUAAAAAAGAAAAAGACAUUGGUACAAUUAUGUUUCAAUUUGA